ACUAUCAGAGCAAGCUGACACACACACACACACACACACACACAAUGAGUCAUGUCAUUUUGCAUGUUAGGCGACACACGUGAAUGUUUUUAAACAUAAGGCACAUGAUAAAAGAUGAUUUAGACCUGGUGGGCUAUCAAUCAUGCUUCAUCCAAGGAGGCAGAUCACCUCGACUUCUCGGCUUUCUUCACUUCAGACGCUGGACUUCCUGUGAAGGUAAACAAAUGGAAGGCCAAAUACCGACCUGUCAAAUGCAUCAAAAUGUAACCCACAAGCGGGUAUUUAAAGGACCGAGAUGCCUGGACAGAAAAGAAAGUACAACGUUCGUUUCCCACCCGGUCGCAUUAAGAAAAUCAUGCAGAAAGACACGGAGGUGGGCAGGAUGGCCACUGCUGUUCCGGUGAUCAUCUCUAAAGCUCUGGAAAUGUUCUUGAUCUCAUUGCUCACCAAGACCAGCUUAAUCACACAGUCCAAGAACAGCAGAGUCAUGUCUAUUAGUCACAUGAAACAAUGCAUUGAGUCGGAGAAGCUGUUCGACUUCCUGAAGGAGCUUGCGGAACAGGCCUCCGGCUCGUCAGCAGCGAAAGAGAGCAAAGCCAAGGGGAAGUGUCUGGGGCACAGAAAGAAGUGGCACAACAAGUCCAUCAAAACCAAAUCACCAGAGAAGGAUGAGCUGCCUAGAGGCAUAAUAUAGAGCCUCCAGACUCCUCUAGUGAGUCGGAGCUUGUCAUCUGCCUGGAGACACAGUCACCUUGAUAACAGCUGCUGAAUAGCAGCUGCUGCAGUGAGUCCCUCACCUAGGAUUCUUUUGUUCGACUGCGUGUGCUAAACAGGAGCACGAGGACCUGGGUUCUCUCAUUUGCUUUAGAUAAAGAAUAGAUAAAAGGUAAAAUGAAAAAAAAAGUUGAAUAAGAUAUUUUCCAUGUUGCACCAUCACUAAUAUUUAUGUUUAAAUGUCAUUGACUCUGUAGCUCACCUCAGUGAAAACUGCAGCAGUAUUUAUGAAGGCCCAACAAGUUUUUCUUUUAAUAUUUCCCAGAGAAAAUUUUUAAUUUGUAAUUUUUUGCUACUGAAAAACAAUUAAAAUGUAAAGAAAAGAUGACCGUGUAGAAUUUGAUUGAACAAAAUAAAUGCCAAUAUAUAGAUUUGUGAAAAUAUGACUUAACUAAGUUUUAAAUCCUUAUAAGGAAAAUGAGUUUGUGUUUAUUCUAUGAAGGGAAGAUCUUUUUUUCAGAGCACUACUGCUAUUUCUUUUUUUUUUUCCCUGUGUUGGAUUCAUAACUGUUGUUGAACCUGCGACUGUCAAAUGUUAAGGAGCUAAUGUAAUAUCAAUGCCAUAGAAGUACAGUACUCUUCAUUACCUGACUUUAAUCCCUGUUGUUAUCCAGAAGAAAGUGGGCUUUUGCAAGAAUGCACACAAGCGGAUGCAUAUUUUAGCUACAACACUGUAAUGUUUUAAGGGUUUUCAGUAAAGAUGGACUGUGGAUUGUACACACUGUUUGAAAUAUUGACUAAAUUCCUGAUACACUUAGAAGUAAAAACAGCACUGGACAUUAUAAUAGAAGUGUGAGCAUGAUGAAAAGGUCAUUUUAUUUUUAAGAAAACAUGUGAAUGGAACAGUGUGACCCGUUUCCAAAUUGUGAUGCAGAGAUGAAAUAAAUAAAAUCAGAUUUCUAUAAGUA